UUAUUUUGUGUUGUUGUGCUAGCGCGAUUACGUUGUUUUCAUUGCAAAACAAAUUGUGCGUGGAGCGAAUGAAAUAUCAUACUUGUGAAAGCUCAUUAGUAGUUAUCUGGAUCUAAAUAAAUAUAUUUGUCAUCGAGUGAGGGCGAAGAGUUACCUGGAAACCACUGAGAUUGACAUUUGUUUAUUGCAAUUGCAGAUACCGCUGAAGCACCUGAGAGAGCAGCGGCCGGAGAGCGGAUCGCCGAUCGCCGGAGGUUUACGGUUACGGUGGUUCCGGCUCUAUAAAUAUGGCUGCUCGCCAGCUGGGCCGCUUAGUCCGUCGCGUUCGCAAGCCCAGAUCGCCAGUCGCCGUCGGCCUAUCGAGUACAGUGAGCUCAGCCCUCAGUGCGGGUACAGUGAGGACCUACAGUACGGCGACCACCCUCAGUACAGUGAGCAUCCAGCGCAUGGAGCACCUGGCGGUAUCGGCGGGUUCGGGCGUUAGCCUGGCUGAGCUCGUCUUUAAUCCCCGAUUGCCGGCUUUAAAUGGAAAUCAUAGUGCGAGUAAUGAUUGUAAUAGCAACAGCACCAACAACAACAAGGCUGAGAAUGCCGCCUUUGAGGAGGCCAUCAAGCAGCUGAACUCCCUGCAGUCGAACGAUGCCGCCAUAAGGAGUUCGAUGAUCAAUGGUCGCGUGGAUACCAGGGCGGAUACCGUUAAGUAUCUGGAGCGGAGCGGGCUGCCGCUUGAAGCCGUCGAGCGGCUGUCCUUCAUCCAUGUGGCCGGCACCAAGGGCAAGGGCUCCACCUGCGCCUUGACCGAAUCCCUGCUGCGUCAUCAGGGCGUUCGCACUGGCUUCUUCAGCUCCCCACACAUCCUGUCCACCAACGAGCGGAUCCGCAUCGACGGCCAGCUGCUGGCCAAGGAUAAGUUCACGGAGCAGUUCUGGAAGGUGUACAAUCGAUUGUGGGAGCUGCGGGAGCACGACCACGACAUGCCGGCCUACUUUAAGUUCCUGACCAUUCUGGGAUUUCAUGUCUUCAUUGCGAAGAACGUGGACGUGGUCGUCCUGGAGGUGGGCAUCGGCGGGGAGCACGACUGCACGAAUAUCGUGAGAAAUGUACGCACCGUGGGCAUCACAUCGCUGGGACUGGAGCACACGGAGCUCUUGGGUCGCACGCUGCCGGAAAUUGCCUGGCAGAAGGCGGGCGUCAUCAAGCCGGGAUCACAUGUCUUCACGCAUGUCAGUCAGCCGGAGUGCCUGCAGGUGAUUCGCCAGCGGACAAAGGAGCAGGCAGCCACGCUCUACGAAGUUCCACCCACCGAAGAUUACUUUCGAUCGGAGGCAUAUGCUCCGAUUUGGGGGACACUUAGCCACAUGAUUCGUCUGAAUGGCUCCCUGGCCAUUCAGUUGGCCGGAGAUUGGCUAACGCAGGCCGGGAGGAGACCCCUGCCACAGGAGCAGCGUCCAGCGCCCAACGAGGUGAGAAUGGAUCCCCAGCUGCUGCGCGGACUGAUCAGCACCCACUGGCCAGGUCGGUGUCAGCUGGUCGACUGGCAUGGGAUGCGGCUCCAUUUGGACGGAGCCCACACGCUGGAGAGCAUGGCUGUGUGCACGGACUGGUUCGAAAAGAGCGUGCGAAACAGCGUCAACCCAAAGAUCCUGAUCUUCAAUCGCACCGGAGAAUCCGGUUUCGCGCCCCUGCUGGAGCUACUGAACCGCACCUGUGCCUUCGACAUGGUCUGCUUCGUGCCCAAUUUGGCCACCUCCACACCGAAUGCACCCAGCCAGGUGAUGGUUCGCUUUAGUGCCGAAAUGCAAUUGAAGAGGGCAAGGAUCAUUGCCGCGGAGUGGAGUCGCCUCUGCGAGAAGCAGCAGCAAAGGGAUCAGGGCCAGGUGUACGACACGCUAAGCGAUGCCUUCACCGCCAUCCGGCGGAGGUUUCCCCAAACGGACAACGGCGGACAACAGCUCGAGGUCCUCGUCACCGGUUCCAUUCAUCUACUCGGUGCCGCCAUAAGUGCCCUAGAUCUAAUCGAUGAAUCCCAGAACUGACACUUGCAUUCCUUGUGAAACAAAAAGCAAUUGCAUAGCAUUAGAUUUAGUUGUAGUUAAGCCCAUUCCCACACAGUCCUCAAAUCCAGAUGUAAAAAAAUACUCGGACUUAAAAAAGUUAUGAAAAUAUAAACGUAAAUCCUAAGAAA